GAUAGCCUUCGGUCCGAGCGGCUGGACAGGGCGGGAGUGUUCGGCGGGAAGCAGGCUGAGAGGAACCCCGGGUUCUGCUGGGGGACGGAAUCAGAAUGGGCUUGCUGAAGGAAAAGGGCGGGGGCGGGAAGGAGCAGGGUGGGCAGACCUGCUCUGAGGUGAGGAGUUAGGUCGGACUCGGUUGAAGCGGGGGCCAGUUGGAAAGAUAGUAAAGAGGGAGCAUGGGGGACUCAGGGGCUUGUAGCUUAGAAAAGUAAGGAAUUCCUUCAGAAGAUGAGAGUCUGCUUUCUGCUCAUUCAGAAGACAGCGUUCUACCUUCCUCCCGUUCCCCUCUACCCCCCAGGCCCACACCGACACUGACGCCUCCUCGCUAUUAUAGUUAUUUGGUUGGUGACAACUGUAGUGAUUGAAACUUUCUUAUCCAUUGACUGCUUCUUUUGCACAUUCGGGUCGAAUUUGAAGACAUCUAUUUGUCAGUAUAUUGCCUGGGCUCACAUCCAGUCUUGUAGUGUUUCACCUAUUACUUUGGAUUUUGAAAAUUGCUUAAACUUUCCAGUCUAUUACUCAAUUGUAGUGGGUCGUAAGUUUCAUUAACACGAGGAUUCUUGGCUGUUUUGUUCACUGCUGUAUGUGUCUUUACAUGCAGUAAGUAUUCUGCUUAACAAGUAAUAGGAACUUAAGUAUUUACUGAAUGGAGUGUUAUGUCAGAUGUUCCCACUUUCUAAGAUGAGUAUCCUGAGGCUCUAGUGAUUAACUUGCUUACCUAAGGGCUUAUAAAUGGUAGUGCUUACUAUAUCCUCUCUUCAGUGGGCUUUCUUCUCCACCUUUCGUGCCUGUGUUUGCUUUCUUUUUGAUAGGCAGUAUACUGCUAUCUCAUGAUGGCCCAAAAAGCAAUCCCAGGAUUAUUCAUAAGACUUGUCACUGAUGAACAGCCUUCCAGCUUCAUUCAGGUGUAUUAAAUACUGUGCAUUGAUAGAUCUUCUGAGAGAUAAGUCUGUCAAGAUGUAGGAGCUAAUUAGACUGCAUCUUUUUGUUUUAUGACAAGGUCUCAUGUAGCCAACAGUUGACGCUGAACUCCGUAGCCAAGGCUGGACUUGAACUCCUGAUUCCCCUUGUGCUGGGAUCACAGGCUUGUAUGGUCAUUUGAGGUGGCAUCUUUUAGAUGUCUUUAAACACCUUGAAAGAGUCAUUUCCCAGAUUGCACUACGAUACAGGGCAGUGCAAAAAGGAGGUCAGCUGGGAAGUUAAGGUCAAUUGACUGACAUACAGCCAUUGGGAAGAAAAUCAGAAAUAAAGUUAACUUUAUGCUGGUGAAGACGUUUGAGAUUUAAGAGAACCCAAAUGUAAGCAUGAAUAGUGUUGAAAUUUUACACCAAUUUGCAUUAAGUAAUAAAGAAUCAUUUUGGUAUAUAGAAUGCUUACAACCAUGAAUAAAUCUACAGAGAAAUGACAGCAUUCUUAAAGAUUAUGAGAUUUAACAGGAGGACUGACUUGAAUAAAACCUCUUAUUUGUAUCCAUUAAAGAUGUUUUAGGUCAAAGCCGGGUUAGAGAAUGCCUUCCAGAGUAGAAGUAAUAGUAAGGUUGACUUCUAGAUUGACUCUUCAGAUGUUCUGUUUGCCUAUCCUUUGUAUGACAGAGUCAGAAGUUAGAACCCAUUCCUCAAAUUAGGUUAUUCCUAGUUUGUUUAUUCUUCAGAUAGUGUUGAUGACUGAUGCUGAGUUAGAAUCAAAAUAUCAAAUGAGUGGGGCAUGGUGGUAUGCUCCUGGAAUUCCUCACUGGGUGUAGUACUUUGUCCGAUUUGAGCUCUUAGUCUCUGUUUCCUCCAAAAUGGCACUGUCUAAGCGGGAACUGGAUGAGCUGAAACCAUGGAUAGAGAAGACAGUGAAGAGAGUGCUGGGCUUCUCAGAGCCCACGGUGGUCACAGCGGCAUUGAACUGUGUGGGGAAGGGCAUGGACAAAAAGAAGGCGGCUGAUCACCUGAAACCUUUUCUUGAUGACUCCACUCUCCGAUUUGUGGAUAAGUUGUUUGAAGCUGUGGAGGAAGGCCGGAGCUCAAGACACUCCAAGUCUAGCAGUGACAGAAGCAGGAAACGAGAGUUAAAGGAGGUGUUUGGUGAUGACUCUGAGAUCUCAAAGGAAUCAUCAGGGGUAAAGAAGCGGCGAAUACCCCGUUUUGAGGAGGUAGAAGAGGAGCCAGAGGUGAUCCCUGGACCUCCGUCAGAAAGCCCUGGCAUGCUAACGAAGCUCCAGAUCAAACAGAUGAUGGAGGCAGCAACUCGACAAAUCGAGGAAAGGAAAAAGCAGCUGAGCUUCAUCAGCCCCCCUGCACCUCAGCCAAAGACACCUUCUUCUUCCCAACCAGAGCGACUUCCAAUUGGCAACACUAUUCAGCCCUCCCAGGCCGCUACCUUUAUGAAUGAUGCCAUUGAGAAGGCAAGGAAAGCCGCUGAACUACAAGCCCGAAUCCAGGCCCAGCUGGCUUUGAAGCCAGGGCUUAUUGGCAAUGCCAACAUGGUGGGCCUAGCUAAUCUCCAUGCCAUGGGCAUAGCUCCACCGAAAGUCGAGUUAAAAGAUCAGACGAAGCCCACCCCACUGAUCCUGGAUGAGCAAGGCCGCACUGUGGAUGCCACAGGCAAGGAGGUGGAGCUCACACACCGCAUGCCCACCCUGAAGGCAAACAUUCGAGCUGUGAAGAGGGAACAAUUCAAACAGCAACUAAAAGAAAAGCCAUCAGAAGACAUGGAAUCUAAUACCUUUUUUGACCCCCGAGUCUCAAUUGCCCCUUCCCAGCGUCAAAGACGCACUUUUAAAUUCCAUGACAAGGGCAAAUUUGAGAAGAUUGCUCAACGAUUGCGGACAAAGGCUCAGUUGGAAAAGCUGCAAGCAGAGAUUUCACAGGCUGCUAGAAAAACAGGCAUUCAUACGUCGACUAGACUUGCCCUCAUUGCUCCUAAAAAAGAGCUAAAGGAAGGCGACAUCCCUGAAAUUGAGUGGUGGGACUCCUACAUCAUUCCCAAUGGCUUUGACCUUACAGAGGAAAAUCCCAAGAGAGAAGAUUAUUUUGGAAUCACAAAUCUUGUUGAACAUCCAGCCCAGCUUAACCCUCCAGUUGACAAUGACACACCAGUUACCCUGGGUGUGUAUCUUACAAAGAAGGAGCAGAAGAAACUUCGGAGGCAAACAAGGAGGGAGGCACAGAAGGAGCUACAGGAGAAAGUCAGGCUAGGCCUGACACCUCCUCCGGAGCCCAAAGUGAGGAUCUCCAAUUUAAUGCGAGUAUUAGGAACAGAAGCAGUUCAAGACCCUACAAAGGUAGAAGCCCACGUCAGAGCUCAGAUGGCAAAGAGACAGAAAGCGCACGAAGAGGCCAACGCUGCCCGAAAACUUACAGCAGAACAGAGAAAGGUCAAGAAAGUUAAAAAGCUUAAAGAAGACAUUUCACAGGGGGUGCACAUAUCUGUGUAUAGAGUUCGAAAUUUGAGCAACCCAGCCAAGAAGUUCAAGAUCGAGGCCAAUGCUGGGCAGCUGUACCUGACGGGGGUGGUGGUGCUGCACAAGGAUGUCAACGUGGUGGUCGUGGAAGGGGGCCCCAAAGCCCAGAAGAAAUUUAAGCGUCUCAUGCUACAUCGGAUAAAGUGGGAUGAGCAGACGUCUAACACGAAGGGAGAUGAUGAUGAGGAAUCUGAUGAAGAAGCUGUGAAGAAAACUAACAAAUGUGUACUAGUGUGGGAGGGCACAGCCAAAGACCGGAGCUUUGGAGAGAUGAAGUUCAAACAGUGCCCUACAGAGAACAUGGCGCGUGAGCAUUUCAAGAAGCACGGGGCUGAGCACUACUGGGACCUUGCCCUGAGUGAAUCUGUGCUGGAGUCCACCGACUGAGACGACUGCUAGCCUUGUGUCUUCUUCUCACUCUGCUUCCCAACCUUACCCAACCGUGUGUGUGAUCUCAGAACCGUGCCAGGCUGAUACUGGGGCAAAGAGACUACCAAGUUCACCCAGUCAGCCUGGUGCUACCCUUCCUCCUGUAUGUGCAUAUGAUUAAAGAGUUAUUUUUAAAAUUAG